UGGAAAGGAAAAGUAAGUACACACAUACUUAAUCACAAGGAAGUCACAGGGCAGUUGAAGCAAGCGAAAGCCGACCGAAGAUGGAAGUGUUGUUGCUGCUAAUUCUGUCUUCAGCCAGUUCUCAUGACAUUGAGAACACUACACAGCAGAAAGACGAUUCCAGUGGCAUCCCUCCAACUGCAGUGAACAGACUGAUGCAAACAAAUCUGCCACUUCUAAGUGUUCAUAACUUUAGACAGAAGAGGCAAGUUCAGUCUUCCUCCGUUGUCCCUAUGAAUGGCACUAACCUGAUGUGGGUGACCUGGAACAACUCUCUUCCUAAUCAUACCGUCUCACUUUACAAUGGCUAUACUAAUCGAGUUGAUUAUAUUUGUAAGUACAAGUGUGACGCUGGCUUUUAUACGCCCGGAAAGGGUCGAUAUUGCUACUAUCCUAGUGUGAUAGAAAAGAGAGGUUUUCCAUUUGAAAUAUUGGUUAACAAAGACAACUUUGAGAUCCUGGAGUGGAAGGCUGGUUCGUAUGGUUCAGUACCGAAGAAUUCAGUGUGGACCUGCUCAGGGAAGCAAAUAUAUGUGGGCAAGAACCAUUAUGGACUGGGGAAGGUGUCCACUCAAGAUAAGGCUUUCUACUUGCCUUUUAACAAAAGAGAACAUUGGUACAACAACUAUGAGGUCCUGACCAUCAGUGAAAAUGUAAUCAGCCAGACGAUUUACAAUGUCAGAUACAACAAGGAUCAUUCUGAAAUCUUCAAAUUUCUUCCUGAGGUCAUGCAUGAAGCAACCAUCAGCAACUAUGAAUGUCACCCAGUAGUGAAAACAGAGUCACUCUCAAAGACAUAUGAGGUGCAGCAGAGGUGGGACUUCACCUUUUCUAUCAAGUUCGGGGCUAAAAUAAGCAUUGAGGCUGGCAUCCCAUCCAUUGUUAAAGGAACUCUUGAAAUCAGCACAGAGGUGCAGUUUCAGUUUACGAAGGGAACCACUGUGACAGAGAGUAUGACUGACACUGCCUCUGUGGUGCUUACCGUGCCACCAAACCACUCCUGUAAAUUUUCCAUUGUUCGGCACAAAGAAAAAGUUGAUAUCCCAUUCACAGCACUCCUCAGGCGUACUUACGGUAAUGGAGAGAUCCACACAACGUCAAUCACUGGGACAUAUGACAGCAUUCAGAUUGGAAAAAUCCAGACUGUGGUCGAUCGAUGUGAACUUCUAGUAGAAUUCAAGCCUUGUCCAGUCCAAUCCAAAUCCAGUAUGAUGUCUGAUAAUGUACACCUUGUUUUUCUUCUCUUUACAUCAUUUUCCUGUUCAUACUGGAUUUGA